AUGCGUGCUAGCAUGCAGACCAGCAACCGGUUGCGCGCAACUCACUUGAACUCAAAACAAACCGACCUCGCCGCCUGGCCGUCGGACUUCGUGUCAGUGGUUGUCGUGCUUCCGCAUGACAUAGCAGUCAUCGUAGCAAACCGGUGCGACUGCUGGAUCUCUUCUCUUUCGCAUCUUCAUCGACGUAAAGACCACCCGAUUGGCGACGCGAACCGCUGGUCCAACAGCACGCGGUGCUCGCCUAUCGUGAGAUGUAACGUUUUGGUCCCGGAGCAUCUUCGUUGGCCACCCGACAUGACCGGUGUUGCGGGGGUCCUUGAAACGGGGUACGCUGGCAACGUUUCAGCGCCGAUUUUUCUACCGUCCACUUGUGACCACUACACGUUCCGAUGA